CAAGUAUCGAAAUACGGCAAUAUGGUAGCUUGCAGGCUUGAGCUGCAACCCUGCCGACUCUGACCGUCUUUCUGAGUCUACAGUCGGCUAUGGGGCAGGACAGCGUUCGGGAAGUCUUUUCAUAGCGAAGGCUACUUCUAAACAUGCUGACCGUGUGUGUGCUGAGGCUGUCGGCGCCUCGCUGCUCGAAGGCAGCCGCUGUGUGGCGUUCGGUGUCCGCGCGGAACAGGAGUGUGUGCGCGCUCGAGCCACCGUCAUGGCGGUCUACACGCACACCUGUCACUGACUGCUUAAGGUUCACACAGAGCCGUGUCCCGUGCACUACCUCCGCGCUCCAGUUCUUCACACACACGGGACGCACGUUUGGAACUGUAUUUUUACCCUGGAGAGGCCAUAAGAGAUCGUGGAUUAAUGACUGGCCUGUACCUGUAGUGCGAGGACUUUGUGAUAGUAAAAAGCAGGAGUUAACCAAUGGUUCAGAGGCGGACCGCAGUGAAGACAGUCCAGUCUCCGGACAUGGGCUUUUCAAGUUCAAAGAGCUGUACGAGAAUCCCUGGACCAUCCCAAAUCUGCUGUGUGUGUGUCGGAUUCUUCUCGCCCCUGUGCUAGGACACCUGAUCAUCACACAGCACUUCCACCUCAGCCUGGCUCUGUUCACACUUGCAGGAGCCACUGAUCUGCUCGACGGCUACAUUGCCAGGACUUGGCCCAGUCAGAAGUCGGCGCUGGGCAGUGCUCUGGACCCAUUGGCUGAUAAGAUUCUUAUCAGUGUUUUAUACAUCAGUCUCACCUACGCUGAACUUAUCCCAGUUCUGCUCACAGCUCUCGUCAUCUCCAGAGACAUUGGGCUCAUUGCUGCAGUCUUUUGGGUCCGAUACAAGACUGUCCCUCCACCAGUGACCCUGAGCAGGUUCUUUAAUCCUUGCUACACUACAGCACAGCUCAAGCCUACCCUCUUCAGUAAAAUGAACACAGCCAUCCAGCUGUUCCUUGUGGCUGCAUCUUUGGCUGCUCCAGUCUUCCAGUACACAGACAGUGCUGCGUUGCAGUGUCUAUGGUUUAUCACUGCAGUGACUACAGCAGCAUCUGGGUACAGCUACUGGCACUACGGCCGCAAGACGGUUAAGUUGCUCAACGCUCGGUCACCAUGACAACUGAACCUGGGCAUCACCAUGAAGAUCAGGCCCAAAGAGCACCUUUAGCAACCAUACUUCACAUCAUCCUGAUUAUGAUCUCAGGAAAAACAAUUUUGUAACAAAAAUGACUUAUUAAAAAUAACAUAUCA